UUUCUGAACAUUCCGGCCUCCCCCCCCCACACACACACACACACACACACACCGCCGCACCAUGAGCUGUGUUUUCCUGCGAGCUUGCUGCAAAAAAGGGGGAGCGGGUUGCAUUUGGCGUCGCGGGGUUUAAAGUGAACGAACGUAUCGGGCAGUGCUAUUGACGAACGGAGAUACUCAUCCAGAAGGAGCCGUGUUUGUUUUGUGUGGCGAGAUGAGGCAGGGGGUGGAUAGUCGCCACAGAGACGCUGGGCUCCGGCCAAACAUCACCGCAUUUUAAGCACUUCAUUCGAUGCUCGGGAUUUGCAUUGCAUUGCAUUUGCUGCAUCGUUGAUCGGCCGUGUUUUUCAUUAUUUACAUGUAUUUAUUUAUUUAUUUUUUGCAAAGUGCAUGGUGGAAAAAAAUGCAGCUUGUUUGAGAGGACACCCCCCCCACCCCCCUCUCCUCCAGAUAUCCGUCGCUGCCAUGACAGGCAGAGGUCUCCUCUCGACCGCGGCUCGGCCGGCUGGAGAAGAGGCAGAUUGAUUUGGGGACGGUCGGGGUCGCGUCUGCGGAUGUUAUUGUGUCCGUUCGGAGCCCCGUGAAUAGCAUCCACGCAAACGCACCGCGAUUCUCACUCAGGGAAAGAGGGGAGAGAGUAAAACAACAUGUCCUCUCGGUCUGCAUUACCGUCUGGGAACGACAGGAGUACUGGAGACCAUCAUGUGUCGUUGGGGGCCAGCCGCUCCGACAAGGCCACCAGCCAGUCCAGCCGCUCGCUGGGCGCCCGGUGCAGGAACUCCAUCGCCUCCUGCUCUGACGAGCAGCCGCACAUUGGCAACUACCGCCUGCUCAAGACCAUCGGCAAGGGAAACUUUGCCAAGGUCAAGCUGGCCCGCCACAUCCUGACGGGCAAGGAGGUUGCAAUAAAAAUCAUUGACAAAACUCAGUUGAACCCAACCAGCCUACAAAAGCUCUUUCGGGAGGUACGAAUAAUGAAAGGCUUAAAUCACCCUAACAUAGUGCAGCUGUUCGAGGUGAUUGAGACUGAUAAGACCCUUUACCUAAUCAUGGAAUACGCCAGUGGAGGUGAAGUGUUCGACUACCUCGUGUCUCAUGGGAGAAUGAAGGAGGUUGAAGCCAGAGCCAAAUUUCGACAGAUUGUCUCCGCUGUCCACUACUGCCACACGAAGAACAUUGUCCACAGAGAUUUGAAGGCGGAGAACCUUCUGCUGGACGCCGACGCCAACAUCAAGAUCGCCGACUUUGGCUUCAGCAACGAGUUCACGCUGGGCAACAAGCUGGACACGUUCUGCGGCUCGCCGCCCUACGCCGCCCCCGAGCUUUUCCAGGGCAAGAAGUAUGACGGGCCCGAGGUGGACGUCUGGAGUCUCGGAGUCAUCCUCUACACGCUGGUCAGCGGCUCGCUGCCCUUUGAUGGGCAGAACCUGAAGGAGCUGAGGGAGCGCGUGCUGAGAGGAAAGUACCGCGUGCCCUUCUACAUGUCCACAGACUGUGAGGGGAUCCUUCGCCGAUUCCUGGUGCUCAACCCCACCAAACGCUGCACCCUCGACCAAGUCAUGAAGGACAAGUGGAUAAAUUCAGGUUACGAGACUGAUGACCUGAAGCCCCACAUAGAACCUGUUGAAGACUUCAGCGAUCCGGCUCGCAUAGAGGUAAUGGUGGGGAUGGGCUUCACUUCAGAGGAAAUCAAGGAUGCUCUGCUCAAUCAGAAAUACAAUGAAGUCACCGCCACCUACUUACUACUGGGCCGUAAAGGCGAUGAGGGCAGUGAGGCUCGGACAGCUAGUAGCCUGUCCCUGGCAAGGGUACGACCCAGUCCCAUCACCAAUGGGACCAACAAGCACUCCUCAGCCACCGGCUCCUCUUCGUCAUCCACCUCCUCCUCACAUAGCAAGACCCAGCGCAGUGCCUCCACCUACCACAGGCAGCGACGACACAGCGACUUCUGCGGGCCCUCCAUGCCCGUCAUGCACCCCAAACGGAGCCCCACUAGCACGGGCGAGCGUGAGCUGCGGGAGGGACGAAUGCCUUCACGUAAGACCAGUUGCAGCGUGAUGGGGAGCCACAGCCUCCCUCCCUCCAGCCCAAUGGUCAGCAGUGCCAACAACCCCAACAAGUCUGAGAUCCCAGACCGCCGCAAAGACAUGACGGCCACCACAAAUAACAUCCCUGGAAGCGCCAUGACACGCAGGAACACAUAUGUCUGCACUGACCGCUCGGGCGCUGACCGACACUCUCUUCUGCAGAACGGCAAAGACAACAGCUCAUUGGGCCACCGCUUGCCACAAGCGUCUCCCUCCACGCUCAGCAUUUCUGGCGCCGGAGCUGCCGCCUCCUCCUCGUCCUCGGACCGGUGCCGCCUGACCCGAGGCUCCACCAUCCGCAGCACCUUUCACGGGGGACAGCUGAGGGACCGCGGGCCCCCGGUCUACUCAGCCCCACCCACCUCACCCACCUUGUCCCACCAUGACACCAACCCCCUGCCCCACGCCCGCACCAGGGCAACCUCCAACCUCUUCACCAAGCUGACCUCCAAACUCACUCGCAGGGUCAAUCUUGACCCGUCCAAGCGCCAGGGCUCAAACAAAUCAGUCUCGGGUUGUACUCUUCCACAAGGAUCAAAAACAGUUAGGUCACAAAUGAAUCUGAGGGAAUCAGGAGAUUUGCGGUCACAAGGUCAACCAGUAGAAAGCAAGCACGUUUCAAUGCCUAAACAUUUUUCUGAUGACCCCCACCACCUCCCUAGUUGCCAUCUACCUUGGUAUCAAAAAGCGUCCGAGCCCCGGGCCGUCGGACGUGGCUGGGAUCUGAGAGGCGGUGGGCGGAGGGACCCUGCGGAGGUGGUUCUGGCCCUGCGGGAGGCGGCGCUCGGAUGUGGCUGCCAGGUCCACCAUGCCGGCCCCUUUCUGCUCUCCUGCACCCACGGCGUGGCAGGGGGCCGCGUGGCUUUCGAGGCCGAGGUGUGUCACCUUUCCACGGGCACCUCCGAGACUUCUAACGGGGUGCGCUACACGCGACUCUGGGGGACGCCGCUAGCUUUUCGAGACAUUGCCACCCAAAUCUCUAAGGACCUUGAACUUUGAACAGAGGGACGUGUUUGCGUAUGAGUGCUUGUUGUUGUGUGAGCGAGUGUUGGAUGUGUGUGCGCACAGGGAGGUGUUGGUGGGAAAAUUGAAGAAAAAAAAUAGCAGAGAAGGGGCGAGGGGCUGGACCCGAGAGAAAAGACUACACCUUCUGUCUCUUUCAUGACUACCCCCCCAAACACACACACACACACAUACGCGCACACCUUACCCGUAAAGUUAUACAGACUGAGGCACCCCAUCCACCUAAUCACCCCACCCAGCUCAGCCAACUUCUUCAGUGAGCAACUGCACCCACUGGACCUGGAUCAGAUGGAAUCUAGUUGAAUAUUUUGUAUCGCUACUCUAGCCAUAAUGACUCUUUAUUUUGUUAUUUAUUGCUCUGAUCAUUGUUUUCCACUGUCACUUUCACCACUACAGAAAAACAUCAUCUCUUGUGUACCGGACGUCAUUUAUCAGCCAGUCCUUUUUUUAAAAAUUGUUCUUUUUAUAUGUCACCUUUUACGUAUACACCCCCCCGACCAACCGAUUAUCUGCUGACUUUUUGUCACCUGGGGACAAUAACAUGCACAAACGUGGAUAUGGUCCAACUCAGUGAUCAGACCGGCAGUCACAGAGUUUUGCGCUGCUUUGAUUCAUGUACAUGCAGCAGUGACGACCGCACUGGAUUAAGGUCAGUGGGAGCGGGGUUGACAGGCCUUUGAAACAGCCAAUCAGAGGCCGACCUGGAAUACAAAAAGCCAGUGACAUCUUCCGCUUCUUGAUCCGACAGAGUUGUCGCCUCUCAAUCACAUUAGUUUUCUCUGCAUGGGACUUUAAAACAUGUAGAUAAUGUUUGUUGAGAAACAAUCCCCACGUUGUUUGCACAACAAAGAUGAAGAAAAACAUGUUGGUGCAGUAACGCCAUGCACCAAUCAACACAACUGAUUUGGUAUAAUAUUAUAGAGUUAUAUAACUCAUACCAUUGUUGUCAAGAAACACUUUUUCUAUGGCUGCCUCUAUAAAAGAAUGAAUAGAGAGGCCUGGAAAGACCACAUGCACACAUGCUGCCCUCUGGUUGGCUGGAUUCAGCUCUGGUCAUUGUCAGUAAAACUUGUUUCAAAGCAUUUCGAUUUUCCCAACGUCCCACCCCGUUUCAUCCCUUUACCUUUCUUAAAAAAAGCAUCGUACUGAAAACGCGACAAGCAGAGACACACUUGAGAAUACCUUUCCACCUAUACUCCCUCAACUGUUUGGUCAGGUGGCGUGAGAGCGACGAACGCAAACCUUGCCCCUUGAAAUCUCGCAGUCGUCCCGCUGCAAAGUAACAGUGGUGCUCUGGUUUCAUUUCCAGUGCAAUGCAAUUCUCUGGGUUCUCUUCUGUGCCAUGUGCCAUCAUCUCAGUGCGUUGAUGGGAAGCACCAAAAGCGGAUCAGGCCGAGCAGCGAAAUCUCAGUUACACACUCACCUUUACACGCACCUCUAAAUCUCCACCCUCUCCCGUUUUGUGGCACAGUCUAUGAACUGGCACGUCCAUUGUCGGUGACUUUGUGGGCUGCAGGGUUCAGAGGGGAGUGUUCCGAAUCCGGAAAGGCACGACGGGGGCAGUUGUGCACAAUGUUUUCUUCUUGUUAGUCCAGUUGCCUUUAAAGCGAAACAACCCCCGGCGCCUUCAUAUAGUGCAUAUUUAAUGUGAAGAAAAAAACGAGAAGGCUUUCUAUUCUCCCUCCCUGUUUCUAGUGACGUACUGUGAUAUUUACGUAGGCUACAGAGAUCAUGUUGUUUGGCUGCUGAUUUACUGUUAAUACUAUCUCUCAGUUGUGGCUUUGCUCAUGGUGACCCCAAAACGCCCCAGCCCCAUUUCCUUCCCCCUCCCCACCCAUCAUAAACUCCCUACAUCCACCAGGGAGCUGACCCCUGUCCACCACCUUCGCACGUACGACCGCCUCUUUUCUAACGUCACAACGAGCGUUUGGCUUUCCUCAGCUCAUCGUUUGAGACCCUGCUCUCUCGCGGGGCGACAUUCAGCCAUCAUCAAAACUCUUGCAUUGUAGACCCAUGUAUGACAUCUUCUCAGUCAUGUUUGGCGUGUGCUGUUUUCACGGAACCCGUCGGGGGGGGGGGGGGGGCCCGUUCUCCUCCUCGGGGUGAGAAGCAGACACCAAUGUGGACACCAGGAGUCUGUCCUUGUCCUCUCCCUGGACGUUUCUCAUUGUGGUGUAUAUUAGCAUUAGGUAAUAUAGACCUCAAUGCACUUUGCUUUGACUUGAAUCAGUUCCUUCCAGUGUACCUGUACAGGUAAUGCCCAGAACUAGCCACUGGAGGGCGCCAAUGUCUUAAAUGUGAAACACUUCAAUUUGUGGAUAUUUGCACAGGUACUUUAUUUAUUUUUUAGAAUAAUAUCAUUUUAAAAAAACAGGAUUUAUAUCAGUCAGUUGAUGGCUGUAUAUAAAAUAUAUGAAUAUAGUAUAUAUCUUAGAGCUCAAGGUUUAUUUAUAGCUAGAGCAAGGAAAGUACUUCUAGUUUAAAGCAGAUUCUGUCAGUGACAAUGGGGAACAAAACCAACCUGCAAUCCUGCAUGACUUCAGAGUUUGGGUUUUAGGGGAAAAAAUUUAACAUGAUGCACACCUAGGAUUGGAAGCUUUGUGAAAUGCAGACACGAUCAUUUUAGACAUGAAUUGGUACAAAGAAACGGUGCUAAAUGUAGCGCCAAGUCCUUCCCCCAUUCACAAAAAGACAAACAGGGCGGCUUGGGUGAAACACAGUGACUUCACUCCAACUUGUUUGCUAAAGGAUAGUUUCAGUACACUCCCAAGUGUGCAGACAUGCCAUGAAAUGUACCACAACGUACACAGUGUGUAAGAGAAAUGUUCAGUUAUAGAUCCAGCAAGGACACUUACAUUUGGAAUCAACUGUUCGGUUUGGUUCUACUUUAACUUGAAUUUACAAUAAGUCCCCAACAUGUCGAAAGCCCUGGGUUGCAUUCAAGCCAUAGAAAUGUCACAUCACUGUCUCCCGAUGGCAAACGUGAGUCAGGUUGUUUGCGAAGCCUUUCAGUGGCAAUUAACAAGGUGAGACGGGCGAAAAAGCAAAUAACUUGGUGUAAAGCAACUCACUCUUAGUAUAAGGUGGAUGAACAUUGUCUUGAGGUGGAAUCUACUGUGAAAAAAUCUUGAAAAGAUUUUGUUGACCUGCUUGUUGAGUAAACGUGUUUGCACCUGCUCAGAGAUGGCGUAUGACUGGUCUGGUUUUAGAUGGUACAGUAUUAGGAUGCCAGGGGGCUCAGUAUUUAACAUGCACUGUCAUUUCCAAUCAGAUUUUUGGAAACAGCUGGAUGUUAUAUGCAAAAGGGACUGAAGAACACACACAGUUUGACCUGUAUGAGUAAUUUUACACUGCUCUACUGUUUGAUUCCUCCCCUCAGAAACAAACUGUAAACUGAGAUGGAGUGGUUGUGGUUUAUAAGGAGAACACGGAGCUGAAGAUUAAUAAAAUUCACUGAUGUUGGCA